AUGUCGAAUAAAGCCAACAUGAGCUUCUUGGACCGAUUUCGGGGGAAAAUUGCGACUGUGACAGCUCAAGGGCAUCUCAAGAAAGCUGACGGGAGUGAGGAAAUUCGUGUUGGGGCACCUAAACGUAGGCCACAGCGCCAAGUGCAUAAGCUUCUCCCUGACAAUAACAAUGAUGACCGUAAUGUUCAUACAAAGAUCCGACAGCCAACAAACAUUCAAAGCUGGAUUGACGUUGGUCCGGUUGUAUCUACAAAGCCUGCUGUUUCGCCACCGAGUGCUCGCGAAGCCCCUUGUUACGAGUAUGAUGAUGAGAUGACGGGACUUCCAGGCCGAGUCAGCAACGAUGUUGCAGGUAGUCAGCUUCCUACAGAUGUCAAAGGUACCAAGUUUCAAGGGCGCCGCCUAAAGAACGCAAACAUGCAAAGCACGUCACAAGAGUGUCGAUUACAGAAGGAGAGUAAUGAUACUAAGGCUCCAAAUGAUCAACUUGCUUUUAGUCGUAAAGCACGACCUGUUCAAUACGAACCAUGUAAUUUGUCCCAAUACAGAAAGGAGAAACCAGAUGGAUAUUUCGAGCUGGGAAAGCUUCAGCCAGACUUAAAUACGGACGAACUUGUAGAGAAGCGUGCAAAGAUCGAACGCAUGAAAGCUUUCUCCCAAAAUAGACGGACGAUUAAUAAGAAUACACAGGCAAAUAGGCCUGCAGAUGCAUCAAGAGCACAAGUUGUCGUGUCUAAACCUGCAUCAAGUCGUGAAAAAGGACUUGCGUUUGCAAAAUGCGUUCCAAAACCACGAUCAUCUCAAAAAACAGACACGGAACUAUUGACCGAUAAAACCGAUUUUUCACGCAAUCAAUUUAUAAAGCCAAAGAGCGCACAUGCAUACACAGACAAUGAUUCGGAUGACGACGAGCUUGAUGCCGAACUACAAUUGCUUCAGCAGCGUCACAAAGCUUCUCGUGCUGAGGUCAAAGCUCUCGUUGGGUGA